AUGUCGACAAAUAAAAGAAAAAGGAUGUUUUCAAAAGAAUUGAAACAUAUGAUGUAUGGUUUUGGGGAUGUAAGAGAACCAUUACAUGAAUCUAUAGACUUAUUAGAAGAAUUAGUAUUCGAAUUUAUUCAAGAAAUGACAUUAAAAGCAGCCCAAGUUUCAAAUAAAAGAGGCAAAUUCCAAACAGAGGAUUUAGUAUUUUUAGUUAGAAAAGAUCCAAAGAAGUACUACAGAGUUAUUGAAUUAUUAAGAAUGAAUGAAGAAUUAAAGAAAGCCAAAAAAGCAUUCGACGAUACAAAUAUUGAAGAAGAGGAACAAUAAUAACUAUAAUAUUCACCACCACACCUAUAUUAUAUAAUUCCCUUUACCAUUUUACCUUUUAACACUUUACAAUUUACCAUUUCACCAUUUUACCAUUUAUCACCUUACUAUUUACCAAAUCACCAUAUAAUAACGAUUUACAAUAUACCGAUUUAAUUUUUAAUGGCCAUCAUCCAAAUUACUUUAAUAACCGCCCCAACCUCUUUUUAACUUAAUUUUAUUUUAUAAAAUAUUAAUCAUAAAUUCAACUGACAAAUCAAAACCAUAUUAUAUUCACCAUAAAACACUUGUAUCAACUACAAAAUCGUUAUAUUCAAUUUCAAUUUCCCACCCACCAACAAUCUUAACAGCAAUAAUAUAUGUAUAUACCAAUUAUAGAACUUUUUUUUUCAUUUAUUUAUUUUUUCUUUUUUUUUCAAAAAUUAAUUUCUUGUGUAUAUAAAAAAAAAAACCUUAUAAAAUCUCAUAAUCAAAAUCAUCAUUGUUAUUUAACAAAAAUAAUAAAAUCAUUAUACAUACAAUCUAAAUAAUAAAUUUACCGCUAUUUUCAAAUAAUUUUUGGUUUUAAUAAAAAAAAUCUUAUAAAAAUUACUAUCUCUAUCAUUUACAAUAAAUUCAUUUUAAUUUCAAAUAAAGAUUUUUUUUUUGUGAUGAUUUGUUAAAAAAUUUUGGAAAUAUAGAUAUUUCAACAAAUUUUUUAUUAAUUUUAUAGAUAAAAAAUAAAUAAUUAUUUUAUUUUUAUAAUUU